AUGGACAAAGAUUUUCAGCGGUCCGUCUCUUCGCGGGCUGCUCGAAGAAAUCAGCAACAGCAAGCCAAAUAUAUUUUAAGUGGGGGGAAGUUACCGCAGGAUUACACCAUGAGGAUAAUUUGGAAAAGGGGUUUUAUUCGGCUGGUUCUUACAGCCGGGAUCAUAUGGAUGUUGCUAAUUCUCUCAGUGUUGUUAUUUCAUGUUUGGUCUUGCCAAUCUUCUGUUGCUUUCUUUUCAGCUCUUUGUAACAAAGAGAGUAAAGUAUUUGGCAUGCUAAACACAAUGGGACUCAUGAAAUCACUUCAUCGCUGUCCUAUUCCUGUUGCUGAUGACCCGAAUGAAAUAGUUAUUCCCAAGAGAAAAUCUUCUGAUGUAGUCCAACAUCUAUCCUAUAUCAUGGAGGAUAAUAUCGUGAGAAAUGGAUCCCAAUCACCUCCUCUAUUUGGGGGUCAUCAGACCUGGCAGCAAAGAGAUGAGAGCUAUAAAGUAAAACCAACCAUGAAGGUGCAUUGUGGUUUUAUGCAAGGUGGUGGUGCAGAAAUGGCUGCAGCAGACAUCAAAUACGUGAAGAAAUGUCGUUUUGUUGUUGCAUCUGGCAUUUUUGAUGGUUAUGAUACGCCUCAUCAGCCAUCAAAUAUUAGUAGACGCUCUCAGAGGCUAUUUUGUUUUCUUAUGGUGGUGGAUGAAGUGUCUCUUGACUUCAUCAAGAAUAAUGUUACAGUCAGAGAGGAUAAUGAUGGAGGACAAUGGGUGGGUAUAUGGCGUCUGAUUCAGCUUAAGCAUCAACCUUAUGAUGAACCUAGAAGAAAUGGCAAAGUUCCUAAGAUAUUAACCCAUAGGUUAUUUCCUCAAGCCCAGUACAGCAUCUGGAUUGAUGGUAAAAUGGAGCUUAUAGUUGACCCAUUGCUUAUGCUAGAAAGAUAUUUAUGGCGCGAGAAGCACACUUUUGCCAUUGCUCAGCACAAACAUCAUCGCAGCAUAUAUGAAGAGGCUGAUGCAAACAAACGGAGGAAGCGAUAUGCUCGUCCUCUAAUUGAUCUACACAUGAAAAUAUAUCGUUACGAGGGCAUGGAACCAUGGAGUCCAAAUAAAGGCACUGUUAGUGAUGUGCCUGAAGGAGCCAUUAUCAUACGCGAGCAUACAGCUCUGAAUAAUCUGUUUAGUUGCUUAUGGUUCAACGAGGUUAACCUUUUUACACCUAGAGAUCAGCUAAGCUUUGGAUAUGUAGUUUACAGGCUAGGAGAUGAGUUCAAGAAAAAGGCCGAAUUGAAAGAGAGUAGAGGAGGAUUAGGUUUGUGGUCUCCUUAUCCUGGGAACCUUGAUUUAGUUGUAUUACCACCUGUAGCCAGAACAUCAAAAGCAGGCUGA